AUGCGUGCUCAUAGCGGCAAUUCAGCCACUCUUCUUGUCCUUUAUGGAGUUAUUACAAUCGCAGUAUAUGUUGCUGGUCUCGUCAUCUACCGAAUCUUCUUUCAUCCACUCGCUCACUAUCCGGGGCCGUUUUUCGCCAAAUCUUCUGACUUUUAUUCUGUUUACACUGCUUGGACGGGAGACCGUCAUUUAGAUUUCCACAGAUGCCACGAGAAAUAUGGUUCUGUGUUUCGUUAUGGCCCAAAUAGCCUGUCAUUCAAUUCUCAUGAAGCCUUGGCCGAUAUAUACUCGGUCAAAUCAAAUGUUAGGAAAGCAGAUUUCUACAACAUGUUAUCAACGCCAGCUGGUCCCAAUAUCGUCAGUGCCAUUCCGAAAGACCUACACGCGAAGAAGAGACGAAUUCUAGCUGCUGGAUUUACGGACAAAGCUCUCAAGUCUAUGGAAGAAUACUUGUUGAUCCAUAUCCGGAGUCUCUGUGAGAAGCUAUCCACGACAACGAAGCCUAUGGAUGUUUCGAACUGGCUCAGCUACUUGACUGGUGAUAUUCUUGGGGAGCUGGCAUUUGGGAAACCAUUUGGAUUUUUGGUGGAGGAAAACAACAGAUACAUCCUAGAUGCUCUCAAUGGAUCUGCGGCAUAUGCACUGAUUUCUGGGGUAACAGCCAAACCUCUAAGAACUCUACUACCACGCAUCCUAUUUCCCCACCUCACCGCAAGCCGCAUCAAAUAUCGCAACUUUGCCAUCUCACAGGCAGAACAGCGUACCAAGAUGACAGGCUCAGAUCAUAAAGACUUCUAUCAUUACUUCAUGGAGUACAAGAACCCACACACCGACGAGAGACUUCCCCUGCGAGAAAUGUUUGCUGAAGCCAACAAUCUGAUCAUCGCCGGUUCCGACACGACAGCAACAGCUCUCGCUGCCACAGUCUUCUACCUCACACAUAACAAAGCUGCACUCCAAAAGGUCAAGGAGGAAUUAAAGAUCGCAUUCGCAGGCAUGGAUAUCGAGGAUGUCCGAUCCGGUCCAGCAUUAACAUCUUGCAAAUACCUAAAAGCUUGUAUCGACGAAGCCAUGCGCAUGACUCCUCCAUUACCAGGAAUUCUUCCGCGUGUCGUCCUACUCGGCGGUAUCGAUAUCCACGGACACUCCAUCCCUGAAGGCGUCGAAGUCGGCGUAUCAGCGUAUUCACUACACCACAACUCCUCGUACUUCCCCGACUCGUUCGAGUAUCGACCUGAACGCUUUCUCGACGCCGAAGCUGAAGACACCCUCAAGUAUUUUGCGCCUUUUAGUGUCGGACCGAGAGCUUGUAUUGGAAGGAGUCUGGCGUAUAUGGAGAUGAUGAUCUUGUUAGCGAGGAUGUUGUUGUUGUUUGAUAUGAGGGCCGUGGGGAAUUUAGGCGAGGGUGGAAAAGGGGAGGGGGUGGGGAGAGAGAGGAAGUCGGAGUAUCAGGUUAGAGAUAUAUUUGUGUGCAAGAAGGAAGGUCCAGUGGUUGAAUUUACGAAUGUCUAA